GGAGUAUAUAUAUAUAUUUGUUUUUUUUUUUAGGCUUUGUCUUCUUUAGUUGGCUUUGGUAUCUGGUGUGUUUAAAUUCAACAAGAGACUACGCAGUUGAAUUGAAGUUGAAGCCAUGAGAUGAAUCACUUAUCUCUUGACACCGAAGAUUAUUCUCUGUCAAGCUUGCUGGAGCUUGCAGCCAACAACGAUGUUUCGGGUUUCAAAAGACUAAUCGAGUGCGAUCCUUCCUCCAUAGACGAGGUUGGGUUGUGGUAUAUCCGUCACAAAGAGUCAAAGAAGAUGGUCAAUGAGCAAAGAACUCCUUUGAUGGUUGCUGCUACCUAUGGCAGCAUUGAUGUCAUGAAGCUGAUUCUUUCUCUAUCAGAAGCCGAUGUGAACCUCUCUUGUGGCCUUGACAAAAGCACUGCACUUCACUGCGCAGCUUCAGGUGGGUCUGAAAAUGCCGUUGAUGCUGUGAAACUGCUUCUGGAAGCAGGUGCUGAUGUGAAUUCCGUUGAUGUCAAUGCUCACCGACCCGGUGAUGUUAUUGUUUUCCCUACAAAGCUUGAACAUGUGAAAAAAACCAGUCUUGAAGAGCUUCUUCAAAAAACCGAUGAUUGGAGUCUCCUUAGGGUGAUCACAACAACAACCUCAUGCAAUGCUUGUUCACCUCCUUUAUCGACCUCACCCGAGAUUGAGAUUGAGAUUGAGAUCGAGUCUCCUUGUUCUGCCCGAGAUUCGAAGAUGAAGUCAGAUGAAGUCACUGAAAAGAAAGAGUACCCAGUUGCUCCGUCCCUUCCGGACAUCAAGAACAGCAUAUACUCAACCGAUGAAUUCCGAAUGUAUUCGUUCAAGGUUCGACCUUGUUCGCGCGCUUAUUCGCACGAUUGGACUGAAUGCCCCUUUGUUCAUCCAGGGGAGAAUGCCAGAAGAAGGGACCCGAGAAAGUUUCAUUAUAGCUGUGUCCCUUGUCCUGAAUUUCGAAAGGGUUCUUGCAGGAGAGGGGAUUUGUGUGAGUAUGCUCAUGGGGUUUUUGAAUGCUGGUUGCAUCCUGCACAAUAUCGAACCAGGCUUUGCAAGGAUGGGACUAAUUGUGCAAGAAGAGUUUGCUUCUUUGCCCACACCAAUGAAGAGCUUAGACCUCUGUAUGUUUCUACUGGCUCUGCUGUUCCUUCUCCUCGUUCGGGCGCGCCUUCUUCUGCUAUGGAUUUUGUUACAGCCAUGACCAUGUCGCCUUCCAGUCCUUCAAUUGCUUGGUCUCAGCCUAACAUCCCAGCAUUGCAUCUUCCUGGAAGUAAUUUUCAUUCCAGUAGAUUGAGAUCUUCACUCAAUGCUAGAGAUAUUUCUAUGGAUGAUUUUGAUUUGUUAUUACCUGAUUAUGAUCAGCAUCAGCAGCAGCAACAGUUCCUUAAUGAGUUAUCAUGCCUCUCUCCACAUGCUAUGAAUUCUAAUCCCAUGAACCGCUCUGGUCGAAUGAAACUCUUGACUCCUUCAAAUCUUGAUGAUCUGUUUUCAGCUGAGAGUUCUUCUCCUAGAUAUGCUGAUCCAGCAUUGGCUUCAGCUGUGUUUUCUCCAACUCACAAAUCAGCUGUCUUCAAUCAAUUUCAGCAGCACCAGCAAAGCUUGUUGGCACCGGUGAAUACUAAUUUUGCUUCUAAAAAUGUUGAGCAUCCUUUGUUGCAGGCCUCAUUGGUAAUGUCUCCCCGAAAUGUGGAACCUAUUUCUCCAAUGGGAUCUAGGAUUUCUAUGCUAGCGCAACGUGAGAAGCAACAAUUUUGCAGCUUAAGCUUCCGGGAACUCGGCUCCAAUUCUGCUGCUUCUGCUGCCUCUACUACCUCUGCCAAUUCUUGGUCAAAAUGGGGGUCACCUAAUGGUAAUUUUGAUUGGCCAGUUGGUGCUUCUGAUGAAAUAGGUAAGCUAAGAAGGUCAUCAUCAUUUGAGCUUGGGAACAAUGGUGAGGAGCCUGAUUUAUCUUGGGUGCAGUCACUUGUUAAGGAAUCACCGGCUGACGUUAAAGGUAAAUUUGCAACCACUGUCUCAAAUGUUUCAGCAGCAGCAGCUGGAUCCUCCAGUGAGGGAUCAAACAUGAGCACACAAAUGGAGUCUGUUGUUGAUCAUGCUAUGCUGGGAGCAUGGCUUGAACAGAUGCAGCUUGAUCAUCUUGUGGCUCAGCAAAACUAAAAUGAGUUUCUGCUGAUCCUGACGUAUUUAACAAAAGAAAUGUCUCAGUAAAUAAAAAUAUAUAUUCUUUGUUGAAUUUUGUUGAUGGAAGAAGGUUACAAUAACUAAAGAACGGAUGCAGUACUAAGAUAAAGAACCAUUGAGGAAAAUUCAUUUUCAGGUUUAGUGUUACAAAAGUAACUUAGAAGGGUCAGAAAACCACUGGGUGGCGUUCACAGAAUUAAUGCCACUGAAGGGUUUUUUGGCUGCAUAUCUCUUCAAAUUUUAGGUCCACAUUCCUGUCAUUUUUUCCUUCCUUGAGGAGCAAAUGUUGUAUCACAAUGAUCCUAAGUUUGAUCUAUCUUUUGAUUUUAUUUCUUUAUAUUUUGGGGUAGGAUCCAAAGUUACAGAAGGGUCAUUGGAGUAAUUCCUUGUGUCUCCAUUUUGGUCCAAUUUUGGGGAUGAAAACACAGGUUGGUUGCUGGAUAUGGUAUUUCUUUUGUAAUAUGGAAUAAAUAGUUGUCGAUGCCAAGGAGUUGGUAAGUUAGGAAUAUUUGAACAUUGAUCCUUUGGGCAUGUAACAUUCAAUUGAAGUUUAUUGCUGUAUUAUUUCUAAUA